GGGGGUGAGUGGCGCUAUCGGCUCCACGUGGUUUCGCGGGGUUCCACCGAUGUGGCUGCAGAAGCGGGCCGGCGGAAGAUGUCUGGAAGGGAUGAGGGAAGUGAAGGUCCGGAGAGGGAAGAGAACAAAGAUGGCAUCCAUAAGGAAGGGAAGCCAAGGGGCAAGCGACGGUCCUCCUCCUCUGAAGGCAUCUUGCAGCCGGUGAAGCUGGGCAAAAGGGAGCUGUACAAGGUGCCCACAAAUGAAGAACUCGGCCACCUGAAGGAGACAGAGAACCUUUUCCAUUCCAACCUUCUGCGCCUGCAGAUUGAGGAGCUUUUAAAAGAGGUGACCCUCAAGGAGAAGAGGAAACAGAGAAUUGAUGGCUUCCUUCAUGAGAUCAGCGCCUUGCUCAGCAGUGCCCCAGAGGCUCCAGCAAGAGAUAUCACUGACCAGUCCUGGCUCCCGAAGGGAGUGAAGGUCCCUUUCCUGCAGGUCCCUUUCAAGGUGAAGGGCAAAUUCCAUUUUCUGCCCCCAGCAGAGGUGAAGGUGGUGGGGAGUUACCUGCUGGGCACCUGUAUCAAGCCAGAGGUGAAUGUGGAUGUGGCAGUGAUCAUGCCCAAGGAAAUUUUCCAAGAGAAGGACAGCCUUAACCAGCGCUACCAUCGCAAGAGGGCCCUCUACUUGGCACACAUUGCCCACCAUCUGGCCAAGGAAAAGAACUUUGGGGGUGUGAAGUUUGCCUACAUGAAUGGCAAUCAUCUGAAGCCCACCGUGCUUCUGCAGCCAGCAGGGAAAGAUGCAAAGAUGGUGACAGUCCGCCUCCAUGCCUGCCCAGCCCCGGGGGUCUUCAGACCCGUCCGUUUGCAUCCCAGCAAAAACAACAUCCGUACUGCUUGGUUCACGGAGAAGGACUUGCCUGUGACCGGGGCAGCUGAGCCACCAACACCCCAUUACAACAAUUCCAUUUUGUGGGACCUGGUGAUGGAGACCAACCUGAUCUUCCUCUCCGAGGCAGCCAGCACCUUUCAAGGCAUGCGAGGUGGUGUGGCCCUCCUCAAAGUAUGGCUUCGCCAGCGAGAACUUUAUCAGGGUCUGGGAUGCUUCAAUGGCUUCAUUGCAUCCAUGUUGGUGGGGCACCUCUUGGCCACUCAUAAGAUCAGCAAAAUGAUGAGUGGGUACCAGGUUCUGCGAAACGCUCUUCAUUUCUUAGCUACUACAGACCUCACUACAUCUGGAAUCAGCCUCUCAAAAGAUAGAGAACCCAUUGUGCCUUCCCUGACAGACUUCCACCAAGCGUUCCAAGUGGUGUUUGUAGACUCUUCUGGACUGGUCAACCUGUGUGCGGAUAUGACUGCCAACACUUACAAACAGAUCCAGUUUGAAGCCAGGCAAUCGAUGGAGAUUCUGGAUGACAAGACAGUGGAUGGGUUUCAGUUGCUCUUUGUGACCCCCAAGCCUCUGAUCCGAACCUUUGACCACGUGUUUCACUUCUGGCAUGUCUCCAAACUCCAGAUGGCUUGCAAGAAGAUGCAGCUGCUUAAUGCACUGAUGGACCGUGGUGGGAAUUAUGUGGCUGCCGUUCUGCCGUUCUUCCUCAGCUUGCUGGAACGAGGACUAGCCCGGCGAUUGGUGCUCCUGACACACCAGUUGCCUCAGACCCAACCGUGGUCGAUCCAGGUGGAUCCCCCGAAGCACAAAGAUGUCGGCUCCCUGGCAUUUGGGCUCUUGCUAAAUCUCGAUUUCGCAACCAGUGUCUUGGAGCGAGGCCCUGAAGCAGACAGAGAUGAGGCCACGGAGUUUCGGCAAUUUUGGGGAAAGCGGUCAGAGCUGAGACGUUUCCAAGAUGGCGCCAUCUGUGAGGCUGUUUUGUGGGACGCUCCAAACAUGAGCCAGAGACGUCUUAUUCCAGAGCAAAUCAUACGUCACAUCUUGCAAUUGCACCUGGACAUUCCAGAGACUUCCAUCUCUUACACAGGGGCCCUGCUGGAACCCCUAAUUAAACUGGGGCGUGAGCUGGCAGGGACUGGCGAGGAAGAGCUGGUGAGCCUGACCCGUUCCUACGAUGAUCUGAGCCGCAAGCUCUGGAACCUGGAGGGGAUGCCCUUAACGGUGACGGCAGUGCAAGGAGCUCACCCGGCCCUUCGACACACAGAUACCUUCCCUCCAGUCCCUGUGAGACCAGAAUAUGCAUUCCAUGGCAGGAUCAAAGACCGAGCAUCACUUCUGCCCUUGGCGGAAAAACCCUGUCCUGCUUAUGUGGCCCCAAUAAAAGUGAUUUGCCAGAUGGAGGGAAGUGGUCAAUGGCCUCGGAGCAAGGAGGCCAUCCAGCACAUCAAGGCCGCUUUCCAGGUGCAGCUGGCUGAAGUUCUGAACCAGCAACACCAUCUGCUGUGCCGGCCAGCCCCCACCUACACUGAUAUAUAUAAGGAUGGCUAUGUCUUCCGUCUUCAAGUGGCCUACCACCGGGAGCCCCAGAUCCUGAAGGAGGUGGUCACUCCUGAGGGGAUGCUGAAGUAUCAGGACACCCCAGAGUCUCAGCAGCUGGAACUUGAGAUGUUGCAUUUGCCAUUCUUGACUAGCUCGCUCCAUGGUCUGCAGCAGCAAUACCCAGCUUUUGGUGGCACCUGCCGUCUUGCCAAGCGAUGGAUCAGUGCUCAGCUGCUCAGCGACAGCCUCUCAGAGGAGGCUGUGGACUUAUUAGCAGCCUCCCUCUUCCUCUGCCCAGCACCGUUCACGGCACCCAGCUCUCCCCAAGUGGGUUUCCUUCGAUUCCUUCACCUGCUCACUACCUUUGACUGGAAAAACAGCCCUCUUUUGGUGAACCUGAAUGGUGAACUCAAAGAGGCAGAUUAUGUAGCGAUCAGGAACCAUUUUAUAGCUGCCCGGCCUCGCCUCCCGGCCCUGUUCGUUGCUACCCCGAAAGACCAGCAGCUGUCAGUGUGGACCAGAGAGAAGCCAUCACCUCAGAUCCUUCAACGCCUCCUUGUACUGGCCCAGGAGUCCCUUCAGGUUUUGGAUGUGCAGCUUAUGGAUCCUUUGGGGACGCAGGAUGUGAAGAUGGUCUUCCGACCUCCUUUGGAUUUCUACGAUGUCCUCAUCCACCUGAACCUCAAGCAGAUUCCAAGGCACCUGGAGGCAGUGGACCGGCCAGUCGCAUCCUUUAGCCGGGGGAUGUUGAAGAGCAACAGUGCCGCAAAAACCCUUUCUUUCCCAGUGGUGGAUUAUGACCCAGUGCAGUGCUACCUUCAGGAGCUCCGAGAAGCCUUCAGUGACUUUGCCCUGUUCUUCUACGACAAAUAUGGAGGAGAAGUUAUUGGGGUUCUCUGGAAGCCCUCAGCCUUUGAGCCACAGCCCUUCAAGGUGUCAAACGUGAAAGGAAGGAUGCUGUCCAGACUAAGCUCUGAGUCAAUGUUGGUUCCAAAUGUGGAGGCUAUUUUGGAAGACUUCAAGAUCUUGGGCAAAGGCCUGGUCAAAAUGGUUGAAGCUCGGACAGAAAAAUGGUCCAUUUAGAAUCAUCUGGGAUCCUGCUUGUGAUUAGAAAUGUUGAGGCUGUAUUCUUCCCACCCAUAACUUUUUUUUAAGAAUUUUCUUAGAUUUUUAUUACACGGAAAUUGAAAGCUCUUUCCAUCCUGUUUCCUUCCAAAGACCUGUUCAGCUCAGAUAAGCCUGAAUCCCCAAUAAAGGACUUUGUAUGCUAGAAA